GGAAUAUCAAACAAAUGAUUAAGUUGACACAGGAACAUAUAGAGGCGCUAUUGGACAAAUUUGGUGGGGAGCAUAAUCCACCAUCAAUAUAUCUGGAGGCCUAUGAAGAAUACACCAGCAAGCUAGAUGCCCUCCAACAAAGAGAACAACAGUUAUUGGAAUCCCUGGGGAAUGGAACUGAUUUUUCUGUUUCUAGCUCUGCAUCAACGGACACCGUUACAUCUUCUUCCUCUUCUAGCCUUUCAGUGCUACCUUCAUCUCUUUCAGUUUUUCAAAAUCCCACAGAUGUGUCACGGAGCAACCCUAAGUCACCACAGAAACCUAUUGUUAGAGUCUUCCUGCCCAACAAACAGAGGACAGUGGUACCUGCAAGGUGUGGAGUUACAGUCCGGGACAGUCUAAAGAAAGCCUUGAUGAUGAGAGGUCUAAUCCCAGAGUGCUGUGCUGUUUACAGAAUUCAGGAUGGAGAGAAGAAACCAAUUGGAUGGGACACUGAUAUUUCCUGGCUUACUGGAGAGGAAUUGCAUGUCGAAGUAUUGGAAAAUGUUCCACUUACAACACACAACUUUGUACGGAAAACUUUUUUCACCUUAGCAUUUUGUGACUUUUGUCGAAAGCUGCUUUUCCAGGGUUUCCGCUGUCAAACAUGUGGUUAUAAAUUUCACCAGCGUUGUAGUACAGAGGUUCCACUGAUGUGUGUUAAUUAUGACCAACUUGAUUUGCUGUUUGUCUCCAAGUUUUUUGAACACCACCCAAUACCACAGGAGGAGGCCUCCUUUGCAGAGACUACCCUUACAUCUGGAUCAUCCCCUUCCACAUACUCCUCUGAUUCUUUUGGGCCCCAAAUGCUCACCAGUCCGUCUCCUUCAAAAUCCAUUCCAAUUCCACAGCCUUUCCGACCAGCAGAUGAAGAUCAUCGAAAUCAGUUUGGACAACGAGAUCGGUCCUCAUCGGCUCCAAAUGUGCAUAUAAACACAAUAGAACCUGUCAAUAUUGAUGAAAAAUUCCCAGAAGUGGAAUUACAGGAUCAAAGGGACUUGAUUAGAGACCAAGGGUUUCGUAGUGAUGGAGCCCCUUUGAACCAGCUGAUGCGCUGUCUUCGGAAAUACCAAUCCCGGACUCCCAGUCCCCUCCUACAUUCUGUCCCCAGUGAAAUAGUGUUUGAUUUUGAGCCUGGCCCAGUGUUCAGAGGGUCAACUACAGGUUUAUCUGCCACCCCCCCUGCCUCAUUACCUGGCUCACUCACUAAUGUGAAAGCAUUACAGAAAUCUCCAGGACCUCAGCGGGAAAGAAAAUCAUCUUCAUCCUCAGAAGACAGGAAUCGAAUGAAAACACUUGGUAGACGGGAUUCAAGUGACGAUUGGGAGAUUCCUGAUGGGCAGAUCACAGUAGGACAGAGAAUUGGUUCCGGGUCAUUUGGGACAGUCUACAAGGGGAAGUGGCAUGGUGAUGUGGCAGUGAAAAUGUUGAAUGUGACAGCACCUACACCUCAGCAGUUACAGGCCUUCAAGAAUGAAGUAGGAGUACUCAGGAAAACUCGACAUGUAAAUAUUCUACUCUUCAUGGGCUAUUCAACAAAGCCACAACUGGCUAUUGUUACCCAGUGGUGUGAGGGCUCCAGCUUAUAUCACCAUCUCCACAUCAUUGAGACCAAAUUUGAGAUGAUCAAACUUAUAGAUAUUGCACGGCAGACUGCACAGGGCAUGGAUUACUUACACGCCAAGUCAAUCAUCCACAGAGACCUCAAGAGUAAUAAUAUUUUUCUUCAUGAAGACCUCACUGUAAAAAUAGGUGACUUUGGGCUAGCCACAGUGAAAUCUCGAUGGAGUGGGUCCCAUCAGUUUGAACAGUUGUCUGGAUCCAUUCUGUGGAUGGCACCAGAAGUAAUCAGAAUGCAAGACAAAAACCCUUAUAGCUUUCAGUCAGAUGUAUAUGCAUUUGGGAUUGUUCUGUAUGAAUUGAUGACUGGACAGUUACCUUAUUCAAACAUCAACAACAGGGACCAGAUAAUUUUUAUGGUGGGACGAGGAUAUCUAUCUCCAGAUCUCAGUAAGGUACGAAGUAACUGUCCAAAAGCCAUGAAGAGAUUAAUGGCAGAAUGCCUAAAAAAGAAAAGAGAUGAGAGACCACUCUUUCCCCAAAUUCUCGCCUCUAUUGAGCUGUUGGCCCGCUCAUUGCCAAAAAUUCACCGCAGUGCAUCAGAACCCUCCUUGAAUCGGGCUGGCUUCCAAACAGAGGAUUUUAGUCUAUAUGCUUGUGCUUCUCCAAAAACACCCAUCCAGGCAGGGGGAUAUGGAGAAUUUGCAGCCUUCAAGUAGCCACACCAUCAUGGCAGCAUCUACCCUUAUUUCUUAAGUCUUGUGUUCGUACAGUUUGUUAACAUCAAACACAGUUCUGUUCCUCAGAUCCUUUUUUAAAGAAAUGAAAUUUUCAAUUCAUAAGCUGAUGUGGAACAGAAUGGAAAUUCCCAUCCAAGAAAAGAGGGAAGAAUGUUUUAGGAACCAGAAUUCUCUGCUGCCAGUGUUUCUUCUUCAACACAAACACCACGUGCAUACAAGUCUGCCCAGUCCCAGGAAGACGAGAGACCCUGAGUUCUGGCCUUUUGAUGGUCAGGCAUGAUGGAAAGACACUGCUGCUACAGCUUGGGAGAUUGGCUCUGGAGUCUGCCGGUCGACUGUGCCCUUCUAACCACCAGAUCAAUGUGUGGCUGAUCAUCUGAUGGGGCAGUUGCAAUCACCAAGCAUCGUUCUCUUUCCUGUUCUGGGAGUCUGUUGUGGAGCUCUUUCCCCUAGCCACCACUGGUUAAUUUCUGAGGGACGGAACAAAAAUGCAGCAUGCCCUACCUGUGUGGUGCACGUUCAGUCCUUGACUCAUUUUUAUUAAAAUGAAGCUAUUUUAUUUAAGUGGAGAAUGAGAGGGAGACAGAGCUACGUUUCGGUGCAGAGGAAAAGGGAAUGCUGCAUCUUUUUCCUGACCUCCUGGGUUUCUGGCCUUCUGUUUCCUUGCUCACUGAGGGUGUCUGCCUACCCACGCAGGCUGGAAAGUGCUGGCACACAUUGCCUUCUUUGUUCAUUGGGUCCAGCAAUGAAGAGAAGUGUCUGGGGUUUUUUCCCUCCACAAUAUAGCAAGUUCUCAGGAAAAUCUUCCUCCUAAGCUCUUCCAGUCACCAAGUAAUUAUGUGGCUACUUUGCCCAAGGCACAAAAAUGCCAUGGUGGUAUUUAGUUAAAAGCCUACAGAACUGCUUGAUAACAGUUUUGAAUGUGAGACAUUUAUGUAAUUUAAAUGUAAGGUACAAGUUUUAAUUUCUGAGUUUCUUCUAUUAUAUUUUUAUUAAAAAAAAUAAUUUUCAGAUUUAAUUGAAUUGGAAUAAAACAACACUUCCCAUUAGAAUUAUAUAUCCUGAAAAAUUGUAUUUUUGUUAUAUAAACAACUUUUAAAGAAAAAUCAUUAUCCUUCCUCUACCUAAACAUGGGGAAUCUUAGCAUAUGACAGAUAUUUAUAAUUUUUAAAUUAAUGGUACUUGCUGGAUCCACACUAACAUCUUUGCUAAUAUCUCAUUGUUUCUUCCAGUUUACUCUUACACUACAUCCUCAUUUUCUUUUACCUAGAAUAUACAACCUAAAAUAAAAAUGGUGGUGUCUCCAUUCAUUCUUCUUUUUCCUUUUUUCCCAAGCCUGGUCUUCAAAAGGUUGGGUAAUUUGGCAGCUGAGUUCCCCAAGCAGAUAAUAGAGCAAUUUUAGGUGUAUUGGGACUGAGAGAGUAUGUGUGAAGCCUAACGUCAAUUGUUUUUACAGAAAGAGCUGCUGUGAUAUUAAGAACCUCAUUCCUUUUCUUUAUAUAAAUGGAAAAUAUAACCUAGCCAUAGCUUCCUUUGGCAUUUACUAAAGAGUGGUGUAAGUCACGGUAGUAGCAAAGAAAGUGACUCUGGACAUAUUAAUGGCAAAUACCUCCCUUAUCAUGGAUCUAGAAUCUCUUACUGGAUUUGGGAAUGUAAAUCAAAUCAAAUGUACUUAGCCCAACCAAACUAGGUAGCCAAGGAUCUGAGAGAAAUUGGAUAGGACUAUAAAAUAAAGCAGGGAAUUAGAAAUUAUUAUUUUAAAAUUUCAAAUUGUAACUCACCCUGCUAUCUUUCAGCCUAUUAACACUCACUGCCAUUAGAUUUUUGCUAAAAUACCUGUAUUCACAGGAAAAUUCCACGGACGUGUAAAAGGUUGUCCCAGUAGAAUGGAAAGUAUACUGAAGCUAUUAGUGAAUUUGAAAAUCAAUGUGUUCUUAAGUCUUACAUGAGCAGAGCAGUAUCUUAACAAAAUUCAGAAAUUACAAAGAUGUAAAAUGGUUCAUGCUCAUUUGAAGAGCAUCUUGUAUGUAUAAUGCUGCCUCUUUUAAAAGCAUUGUCUAUUUUUCUUUCUAAAUAUGCUGCCAUGGAUGCUUUUAAACAUGCUUGUGUUCCCUGUACCAAGAUUGCAGAGAGCUGGUCUUAAACUAUAGGCAUGUCUGCUCAGCAGGUAGAGCUGCUAGAGGCUCAGGUGCGGGACUGCCUGGAUGGCUGGAGCAGCACAGGACCUAGUUCUGGAGGAAGCUUGGCAUUGGGGUUUUCCAAACACUGUUCAAGGUGAUACACUUUUUUCUUCUCUUUCUUUUUAGAAAAGGUUGCUAUCUCAUUUGAAAAGGAGAAACAGACUCUAUCUCAAAUCUGUGCCCAGAAGCCAGGCUCGUGGUAUUAUUGAGAAAUUUUUAUAGAGCCCUUACAAAAUAAAAUUUGAAAAUUUCCCUUUUCCUUUUUUCCAUCAAGUUGUUUUUUCUCUAGUUUACAAUUGACAUGAAAAAGGGGUUUCCCUCUGAGUUUCACUUUCUUUACUGUCCGAUGGUUAACUACAGAUAGACUUGCUGAGCUCCUAAGAAAUACAAGGAAGAACUCCUUGACGUGCAAAGCACUUUAUGAGUAAUUGAAUGGAUAACAUGUGGCUGCUUCACUGAUUAUUUCCCAAGGCGGUAACUAUCUGUCUUUUCCGUAAAGUGCUGCAGUGCCUUCCGUGGGGCCUUUUAUUUUGGGUAAGGAGAGGUGAAGCCUGAAAAAUUUGAGAGUAACCAUAAAAGAUUGUUUUAAUCCUGA